AUGGCCUUGCGCGCCGCGGCGCCCACUCUGCGCCUGGCUCUCGCCCUAACCGCGGUGGCCACGGGGACCUGGGCGCACUCUCCCCUCAGCGCGCUCUCCCCUAGGCAAGGCUGCCUGGCGCUGGGCCGCUGCUGCCCCGGCCGGGACCAUACCUGCGCCGCGCUAGGGCCGCCGCGCUGCUUCUGUGACCAGGCGUGCGGUGCGGCGCGGGACUGCUGCGAGGACUACGCGCGGGCCUGCCCAGGUGCGCCCGGGGCGCGCGGUGCGGAGAGCGCGGUCUCCUGUACGGUAUCUGAGUGGAGUGACUGGAGUCGCUGUGCCAAGCCCUGCCAAGUCUCCUACCGCACCCGCCGGAGGCACGUCCUGCAGGAGCCCAGGAAUGGGGGCGCCCCUUGCCCCCUGCUGGAAGAGCGGGCUGGCUGCGUGGAGUACUGGAACCGCCAGGGAGUCGAGUGCCAACAGUCCUUACUCCCGGCUCUGAUCACCACAGACAGUUAUGGGAAGGAGCGGAGAAAGCGAGGAGUACCUAAGGGGCAAGACACAGUGGGGUACUGUGUCCGAUUCCAGUUGGGGCCCAUCCCAGGGAGCUGUGGGCAGGUGAGGGCACCCCAUGCUCAGUGGACAAGGUAUCUGAUCCAGGGCCACAUCGUCUGUGUGAAGUGUGAGUGGCCAGCCAUGGACAACAGGAGCCAGCGCUGCUAUGGGGACGGCAGUGAGACCAGACGGAACCAGCUGUUGCUGUGGCGGGCAGCCGGCCACCCCCGGUGCCGAGGGAGCUGGGAGCGACUGGGGCAGCUCCCGCACUGCACCUGCCCUGCUGUCCACAGCUUCGUCUUCAUCUAG